AAAAGUGUAUGUGUAUCUGUGGAAAUGGCGACCGAUGAUUCUGGUGUCAAGAGAUUUUUGUAGAAAAUCUUGUGCGAAUAAAUUGCGUUGUAAUAUCAGCUGGUGUUAAUUCUUUCACAAAAACUUUAGAUUUCUGUAAAAUAGUUAAAAGUGCAUUUUAUUUGACAUCGAUGAUUAGUGUCAACUGAUUGCAAGUGGUGACCUGGGCCACUAAAUCAACAAGAUGGCGGAAGUGGAUCCAGAGACCCUGUUAGAAUGGCUGCUGACUGGACAGGGUGAUGAGCGUGACAUGCAACUCAUUGCUCUUGAACAACUUUGCAUGUUACUGCUUAUGUCUGAUAAUGUUGACAGAUGCUUUGAAAGUUGUCCUCCAAGAACAUUUCUCCCAGCAUUGUGCAAAAUAUUCCUUGAUGAAUGUGCACCAGAUAAUGUUCUAGAGGUUACAGCUAGGGCAAUAACUUACUAUUUGGAUGUUUCUGCUGAAUGUACUAGACGAAUUGUAGCCAUAGAAGGCGCAGUAAAGGCAAUCUGCAGCAGAUUGCUCACAGUUGAUCCUAAUAACCGAACCAGCAAGGAUCUUGCUGAGCAGUGCAUUAAAGUACUGGAGUUGGUCUGCACCAGGGAGGCAGGUGCUGUGUGGGAAGGUGGUGGCCUACCUGCAGUCUUACAUUUUAUCACUCACCAUGGUACAUCUGUUCAUAAAGACACCCUGCACUCAGCCAUGGCUGUUGUGUCAAGGGUUUGUGGUAAAAUGGAACCGGGAGACGCUCGUGUGGGUGACGCAGUUUCGUCACUAUCGGCUUUACUGUGCCAUAAUGACGCGCGUGUGGCUGACGCCGCACUCAGGUGUUUCGCGUCACUUGCUGACAGAUUCGCGCGCGCGCAUGCUGACCCUGCUCCCCUCGCCGAACACGGUUUGAUAGAAGAACUCGUUCGGCGUCUAGGAAGUGCUGAAAGUGGCGAUGAUAAAUGUUCUGCUCCAGCUGUCUCGACUACCGUUAGUUUGCUCUCUACACUGUGCCGUGGAUCUGCACAAAUUACUCACGAUCUCGUGCGUCUGGAAUUAUGUUCAGCCGUUGAAGCCGCGGUGCAAGCCGACGAGCGCUGGUGUCUAGAGUGCAUGCGGCUCGUAGAUUUAUUGCUAGUUCUACUAUGUGAAGGACGUCAUGCUAUACAGAACGGGUCGACUCGUAACGGCAGCUCGACGUCUGGGUCGAGCGGGUCUGGCGGUGCGAGCGGCGAGGGCUCGUCGGCCAGCGGCAGCGGCGCGCGCGGUGACAAGUCGCACCGCCAGCUCAUCGACUGCAUCCGCGGCAAGGACACGGACGCUCUGCUGGCCGCCGUCUCCAGCGGAGCUGUCGACGUCAACUUCACUGAUGAUGUCGGACAGACUCUCCUCAACUGGGCGUCGGCUUUCGGAACCAGGGAAAUGGUCGAGUUUCUUUGCGAAAAAGGCGCUGACGUGAAUCGUGGUCAACGUAGUUCAUCUCUGCAUUACGCUGCUUGUUUCGGCCGCCCAGCCAUUGCUAAAGUGCUACUACGUUAUGGUGCAAAUGCAGAUUUACGAGAUGAAGAUGGUAAAACACCUCUUGACAAAGCACGGGAACGUCACGAUCAAGGGCACAGGGAAGUAGCAGCCAUAUUGCAGUGUCCAGGCGAGUGGUUGGUAGUUGGCAAUCAUGAUUCUCCUUCACCAUCCAAUGACGAUGAUUUUCCAGAAACUGGAGACAAAGAAAUGGCUGCAGUUUAUCUAGAACGGCUGGUGCCGGUGUUCUGCUCGCGCUACCUGGGCGCGGGCGGCGCGGGCGUGCGGCGCGCCUGCCUGUCGCUGGUGCGCAAGAUGGUGCACUACGCGCCCGCGCGCCUGCUGCGCGCCAUCUCGCUGCGCCGCGACCCGCCCGCCGCCGCGCUGCUCACGCAGCUCGUGGCCGCCGUGCUCGACAACGCCGGCGAGCUGGGCGCGUGGCGGCGCGGCCCGGCGCGAGUGCUGCGCAGCCGCUAUAUCCGCCCGCCUGCGGAUGACGAUGACGGCCAUCUUAUCGUGCUUGGGAUCGCUGAAGAGUUGAUGGUGAAAGCCUCGGACAUAUACCUGGAACAGUUCGCACGGCUCGGCGUAUUUAGCAAGGUCGAAGGCUUGGCUGCAGCUCCAGCUGCAUUUCUGACAUCUGAUAGUGAAAAUUCUAAUAUUCCCGGCUGCAGUGAAGACGCUUCCUGCUUGUCAAGCGGCGUGGGUUACUCGUGGGCGGAGUGGUCGCUGUGCCGCGGGCGCGACGCGCUGUACGUGUGGAGCGACGCGGCCGCGCUCGAGCUCAGCACGGGCAGCAACGGAUGGUUCCGCUUCCUCCUCGACGGAAAACUCGCCACCAUGUACUCUAGCGGCAGCCCCGAACAUCAGACCGACAACACCGAAAAUCGUGGUGAAUUUAUUGAUAAACUCCAAAGAGCACGUGCUUCAGUGAAAAAUACGGUUCCACAACCAAUUUUAUCCAAACCCGGAGCAGCUAAAUUAAUUAUUGGAAACUGGGCUCUGUCAUGUAAAAAGGAAAAAGAACUUCAAAUUCACAAUACGGAUGGACAACAGCAAACUACGAUACUGCGAGAAGAUUUGCCAGGAUUUAUCUUCGAGUCUAACAGGGGCACUAAACAUUCAUUUACAGCGGAGACAUUUUUAGGGCCGGAGUUGGCGAGCGGCUGGACUGACCGAAGGACGGUGACGCCCCACAAUGCUGUUAACGUCAGUCGAUCAAGACUGGCUGCCAAGGCUGAAGCUCUCAAAGCUCAGGUAUGCGAACGUGCUCGUGCACUUUAUUCACGACACUUGGCGAACGCUGCUACUCGUCAGCCACGUCCACCUGUAGCAAGACUGCGGGCCUUACUGGCGCGAAUGCAGCGUCUAGCUACGCAGCCUACUGAUGAUUGGCAAAGGGAAUUGAACGAGUCUCUGGAACAACUGACAGAGCUCUUGUGUGGUGAUGAACUGCUCUCUGCGUACGAGUUACAGUCAUCUGGUCUCGCACCUUCGCUAUUACAAGUACUGUCGCCGCAAGCUAAUGACAGCCCGGGGCAGGCGGGCGAGCGCGCGCGGCUGGUGCGCGCGUGGGUGUCGCGCAGCGGCGGCGCGGGCGGCGCGGGCGGCGUGCUGGCGGCACGCCUGGUGGCCGUGCUGGAGAGCGUGGAGCGCCUGCCCGUGCACGCGCCGGGGGGCGACGCGCCGCCGCCCUCCGCCGGCACGCUGCACCAUCUCACCAAGCGCAUCAGGUUACGCAUUGAACGCGCAACUGAUGAGAGUACUGAGGAUACGACGACAAACAAUGGAAACAACGCUGGUAGAAAUCUGAAAGUCGAGGCUUUGACUACAGUUCGUCAAUUAGAGAGGUUCCUUGCGAAGUCAGUCGCUAGGCAGUGGUACGACAUGGAGCGAACCAGUUUUAACUUCGUGCAAAAGAUAAAAACAGAAGCACCUAUGGUGUUCAAUUAUGAUCACGAUUUCGACGAGAAUGGUAUUCUUUACUUUAUCGGCAGUAAUGGGGGUACUUGUGAAUGGGUCAAUCCCGGUGCUCACUCCUUAGUAAGCGUUUGGUCCUCCGAUGGUAGACAACUGCCUUACGGCCGAGCCGAAGAUGCCUUGUCAAGGUCUCCGGAGCCACUGAACGUGCACACCAACGAUGAUAGACGAGCGUUUAUAGCAGUAGAUCUAGGCUUACAAGUGGUGCCUUCCGCGUAUACAUUACGACAUGCUCGCGGCUAUGGACGGUCAGCACUCAGAAACUGGUUAUUCCAAAUGUCGACGGACGGUAUAACGUGGAGCACGCUGCUGGCGCACAACGACGAGCAGGCGCUGCAGGAGCCGGGCAGCACCGCCACCUGGCGGCUGCGCGCCGACGCGCCCUACCGCUACCUGCGCAUACAGCAGAAUGGGAAGAACGCCAGCGGGCAGAGCCACUACCUCUCCCUCUCCGGCCUGGAGAUCUAUGGAAAGGUGGUAGGCGUCAGCGACAACGCGCCACGUCAGUGCGGCGGCCCCAACGGCGGCACGAGCACGACGCCGGCGGGCGGCGCGGCGGGAGGCGCGGCGGGCGCGGCGGGCGCGGCGGGCGGCGGCGCGCGCGCCAGGCGCUGGUCGCGGGGCGCGCGCGGCGUGUGCGCGGGCGCGCGCGUGCUGCGCGGCCCCGACUGGAAGUGGCGCGACCAGGACGGCGCGCACCCCGCGCUCGGGACCGUCACCUCCGACCUGCACAACGGCUGGGUCGACGUCAGGUGGGAUCACGGAGGACGCAAUUCUUAUCGUAUGGGCGCCGAGGGAAAAUUUGAUCUGAAGGUAGUGAGUGGUGGCGCUACUGGUGGAGCCGCGUGUGGCGAGGCCAAACAAGGUCGCAAGAGCCACUCAACGCCAAGCCUGCCGGACGCUACUGCCGUUGAUCACCAGGUAUCGGUGGCAUCGACUGAGCAAGCGUCAUCUGCAGAUAACAUAUCAAGUGAGGAAAUGGCCAGUAACAUGUCUCGACCUCGCACACACGCCACAGAUUUAUCUGCAAUUAAUAACUCGACACAUCAUAUUAAUACAGAUCUUGCAACGAUAGUAGAAUCGUUGACUCUAGGCGCUGAGAGCAAUAACUGUAUGGCAGAUUUGGGUAAUACUUCAUUUACAAAUAUGGAAUUGGGACCAACCAGCAUCACAGACAUUACUAAGCCUUACCCUGCUAAAGAACCUGUACCUGAAACGAAUACUCAAGAGGAGCGCGAGGCGCGCCGCCGCGAGGGCGACGCUGUGCGCAACAGUGCCAACGCGCUGCUGUCCAGCGACCUGCUCGCUCUGCCCGCCUCCCUGCUGCACACCCUGCGGAACAAUGCCAACCGCCUGCACAUACAGUGUGAAGACAACGAUGCUGCCGAUGGACAAUACGGUGACCACAAGAAGGACAGUCAGUCCGGCGGGUCGGGUGCCAUGAGCGCUAGUGAACCAGAUCUGACGCAACAGGUAAAUAGAGGUGCCGCCAGGCUGCUGGAGUCCCUGGGCGUGGGGCGCGGCGCGGGCGCAGGUCGCGGCGCCAACCCGCAGCGCGCCACGCGGACUAACCACUCUACUAGUCUGUUCCCCAGUUUGGUGCGCCUGGCCCUAUCAAGCAAUUUCCCUGGCGGACUAUUAUCGGCAGCUCAGAGUUAUCCAUCGCUCGUUCCUAACGCACAAAAUGCUCUUACUUUGUCUCUUACAUCUACAUCGAGUGAAAGUGAACAGUGGCUGCAGGUGUCGCUGGAGGACUUCCUGGAGUCGUGUCGCGCGCCCGCGCUGCUCACCGAGCUGGAGGACGACGAUGAGGGCGACGACGCGCUCGACAGCGACAAGGAGAACGAGCCCACCUACCAGGAGGUAGUCUCUCGCAAUCUUCUGUCUUUAAUGGAGGAGGAAGCUUUAGAGGCAGUCCGCGGCAGCAGCGGUCAGGGUGGCCGCCAGCGUAAGCCAUGGGACGAUGACUUUGUGCUCAAACGGCAGUUUUCUGCCCUCAUACCUGCUUUUGAUCCUCGCCCUGGAAGAACCAAUUUGAACCAAACAGUCGAUCUGGAGAUCCCACUGAACGAGUCAUCAGACGGUGAAGAGAGCAGCAGCUCGGACUGCGGGCAGGCGGGCGCGGGCGGCAGCGCGGGCGCGGCGGGCGGCGGCGGGCGUCUGCCCGCGCUGCGCCUCGUGCUGUCGGCGGCGGGCGCGUCCGUGGCGCUGGAGCGGCCCAACUGGACGCUGUACCGCGCCGUGCUGGCGCUCAACGCGCGCCUGCCGCUCGCCGACACGCACCGCGACCUCACCUACACAUUGACUUACAAAGAAAUCGAAGGGAUGGAGACAUUCGCUUCUUCCAGCGACAGCGAAGAUGACGAACCUUGUGAUCCUGAGCGCGGCAUCGCGGGCGCGGAGGGCGCGGAGGGCGCGAUGGCGACGUGUUGCGUGCGCGUGCUGCGCCGCCUGCGCGCCGCCGCGCCGUCGCUGCCGCCCGAGGCCUUCGUGUCCACCAAGCUCACCAACAAGCUGCACCAGCAGCUGCAGGAGCCGCUCACGCUGGCCGCCGCCGCCACGCCGCUAUGGUGUCAGCAACUGAAUGACUGGUGUCCAUUCCUGUUCCCUCUGGAAACUCGUCAAAUGUUCUUCGCUUGUACGGCUUUCGGAACUUCUCGUACAAUUGUCUGGUUGCAAGCGCAGAGGGAUCGCGCUCUAGACCGGCAAAGAUCUGGUAACACUGUAUCCCCACGCCGCGCCGAAUUGGAAGCGACCGAGUUCCGAAUGGGACGUCUGCGUCAUGAGCGUGUGAGGAUACCUCGGCAACCCGAUCUGUUGCGGUCUGCUAUGCAGGUGAUGCGCGUGCACGCGGGCCGCAAGUCCGUGCUGGAGGUGGAGUUCGCGGGCGAGGAGGGCACGGGGCUGGGCCCCACGCUGGAGUUCUACGCGCUCGUGGCGGCCGAGCUGCAGCGCGCCGACCUGGCCAUGUGGCUCAACGACUCGCCGCACGCCGCCGCCGACCACGACUCCGCGCCGCACCAUCUCGUGUUGCCCGACGAAAAACCUCCGGGUUAUUACGUGACGCGAGCUGGUGGUCUGUUCCCGGCACCACUUCCUCAAGAUUCACCCGUCUGUGAUAAAGUUUGCAAAUAUUUCUGGUUCCUCGGAGUAUUCUUAGCUAAGGUACUACAAGAUGGAAGACUUGUCGAUUUGCCGCUUUCAGAACCUUUCCUGCGUAUCAUGUGCGGCGAAGAAUUGACUAAUGACUGUCUGGAGGAAAUCGAUCCGAUCAGACAUCGUUUCCUGCAAAGCGUGUUGGCGGCGGCGGAGAACUAUGACUUGUUGAUGCGCGACCAGUCGCUGGAGGUGGAGGAGCGCGCGCGCCGCAUUGCCGAGCUCACGGUGGAGGGCGCCAGCUUCGAGCAGCUCGCGCUCACCAUGACGCACGUGGCCGCGCACACCGACGCCGCCGUCGCUGUGCAGCCGCUCACCGACAACGGAGAGAACAUCGAGGUGGGCCCAGCGAACGCGCGCGCCUACGCGGAGGCGAGCGCGCGCUGGAUGACGCGCGGCGGCGUGCGGCGGCAGGCGGCCGCCUUCCGGCGCGGCUUCGGCGCCGUGUUCCCGCCGCGCCGCCUGCGCGCCUUCUGCGCCGCCGAGCUGCGCCUGCUGCUGUGCGGCGAGCGCGGGCCCGUCUGGACGCGCGACCAUCUGCUGCAGUACACCGAGCCCAAGCUCGGCUACACGCGCGACAGUCCCGGUUUCCUUCGUCUCGUGGAUGUGCUCGUGGAGAUGUCCCUCCGUGAACGUAAGGCAUUCUUACAAUUUGCAACGGGCUGCAGCAGUCUCCCGCCUGGUGGACUCGCUAAUCUGCACCCUAGACUCACUGUAGUGCGAAAGGUUGAUGCUGGUGAUGGAUCCUACCCCUCUGUGAAUACUUGCGUUCACUACCUGAAACUACCUGAGUACUCUUGCAAGGAAGUUCUGCGGGAAAGACUGCUCGCAGCCACCAACGAGCGUGGCUUCCAUCUCAACUAGACACAAGUAUAAUAAGCGGGUACCAUGACCCUGCGUCUCGAACAUACAUUUACAUAAACAUGUUCAGAAUAACUUACCCUGCACUUUCGCCUGUGGCCACGUGGAAUUAGAAUAAUAAUUAUGUAUUUAUUCAACAUCAGUAGUCAUUGACUUCUAAGAGAAAAAAACAGUGCUCGUCAAACAUUUAAUAACUAACAGUGCAUUACAUAUGAAGAUAUAGUUAUUUUAAACAUAUAGAUUAACAUUUUAGUAUGUCAGCUAAUAAUGUAUAAAUGAUCUCUUGAAACAUUUUUUUCAAGACUUUAUUCUUAUGAAAUAAAUAGUAUUUUAUUAUAUCGUGGUAUUGAACUUAUUCUUUGAAGAAAAAAAGUGUCGUACGGCGUAGUUUUCGUUAUUAUCAUGCAAAUAUAUUUUAUUUUUAAAUAUUAUGUAUAAAUAAUUGCAUGGGUUGAAAUAUAGAAUAGAGUGAUUGCGGAAAAUGAAGAGGCUGUCUACUGUAAACUAUUUAUUAUAUUGGGAAUUAAUGGCAAUAUUCAUUAAAUACGUAUUAUAUCACUUUCAGUGUAGACCUCAAAAAAAAAAACCAUAAUGUUUAAACUUUAUCUAUAAAAUAAAGUAUUUUGGAUAUCAAUAUUAUAGUAAGAUAAGCGAUUUUCACUUCAAUAUUUGACAUCGCUUCACUUGAUAAUUACAUUUUAAUAAUAAUUACACCAAAACUAUAUAACGGUAGGAUUUGUUUAGGUAACUUUGGUUUGAGUGUGUUUGAAAGUAAAUUAAUAAAGUUCUAGGCGACUAGCGUUUGCAAUCUAAUUUUAGGUAAAUGUUUGUGUAUGCCGUGGUGAUAUUUAGUUUUACUCUCGGGUAUGCCAGUUGUUACAAGAAGCGUCUUCUUGAAAUGUAAUCAGUGAUCUGUCGGCUAAAAAUGAUUAUUAUAUUUACAAUUUCUUUUUUGAGUUCGUGCUUCCAUAACACUUUGUUAGAAUUCAAUUUCAGAUCAAAAUAUUUGGUUGAACAAAAUGUUUGUAAUAAAAUAAAUAAAUGUAACUAAAAAACAAAUGCAAACAUUUCGGUGAUCAAACCAUAUUUCUGUGUUACGGCUAGAAUGCACAAGAAAAACACCAGCAGACUUGAAACUAUAACAAGAAAUGAAAUCUAAAGUAAGACCAAGAAGAAUAAUCUCUAAUGUGAUGGCAUCGGAAUAAAUCAUUUAUUAAAGCCGUAGCACUAAAUGUGUGAUUGUGAUACCUGAUUAGGACUAAAAUAUGGUAAAAAAUAUAAAAUUUUAACUGUAGGGUGUGAAACACUUACGCGUUUCUACGAAGAUAUUUAGAUAUGUUCCUUUAGUUAAAUAAUUUUGUCAACUGAAAGUUGGUAUAUAUUGUGAUUUAUUAUUAUAAAAGUACUUUACGAAUUAAAAUAUAUUUAGUUUAAAUUUAAUAGGUAUUUAGACUAAAAUUAAUAACCGUAUGGCAUCAUGUAGUGCUCAUGUAAUAAUUGUUGUUGAGGAUUGUAUCAAUAAAUUAAGCAAAAAUCA